AGUGACAUUUCUUAAUGGUGUGCGGUCAAGCGUUUGCUUCUCGAUAAUUCUUUAAUUUUCUAGAGGCUGUUACCCAUUAGUAAGUGAUUCAUCGCAUAACAUAAAAGCUGUGGCUAUCGUUAAUUAUACACAUUUAGUUAACAUCAAGCAAACGACUAGUUUGUCGAUAUUUUUAGUAAAGUGUGCAUUUGAGUGUAAACGAAGUUUUUGUUAAUUAAAAUGGGUUCGAAUAACCCUGAAAACCGGCGUCCGAUGUCUGGGGCUCUCACGUAUCCUGCCAGCAGUCAGCAGAGCCCAGCACAGCGCGUUGCGGAGCAGCCGAGGCAACCACGAAGUUUGCAGGGUUUGUUGCGGUUUGCCAUGGAAGCUACACAGGCUGAGGACGCUCCAGGAAACUCAGAAGUGGGUCCCUUAGAUGAAGAGAGGCGGCAGUUCCUUGAGGAUGCAUUGAAAAGUUUACAAGUGAAUGUGGCGGAAGUGCUGGAGAAUGCAAUCAAAGUGCUGACGAACUCUGCGAAGAUGAAUAGCAUACAGCUCGGUGAGGCUCUGCCUGAUGAUGUGAAGAACGCCUUUACCGUACUCCUGGAUUACGUUGAAGACUUGGAUGUGGCUAAUGAUUUCUACAAGAUGGGCGGUUUCGCAGUGUUCGCGAUUUGCUAUGGCAGUGAGAACGAGGAGGUCCGCUCCCGAGCCAGCUCACUGCUGGGCACGCUCUGCCAGAACAACCCCUUCUGCCAGACCCGGGCCCUCGAGUGUGGCCUACUCAAUGUCCUGCUCAACUUAGUGGAGUCGGAGCGCGGAGUCACACUUGCCAAGUGCCUAUUUGCUAUAUCUUGCGCGGUGCGUGAGUUCGAGCCGUCGUGUCGCGAGCUGAUCGCGCAGGGCGGCUGCUACACGCUGCUGCAGCUGCUGAGCGUGCCCGAGCCCGCCGCCAGGACCAAGGCGGCCUUCCUCGUCAGAUACUUCGCACAGCAUUAUAGCGAAGCUAAAGAACAAUUCGUGAAAGAAAACAUCGUGCGGACAAUAACUGCAUUAAUAGAGAAAGGCCGAGACGAGAGUACCGAACACCUGCUCAGCAUUCUGCAGGUCAUGUCCGACGACCUCGACCCCAAAGUGCUGAGCCAGUGCCGGGAUCCCAGUCUGAAGCUGGAGACAGUCCUAAAAAACUACCUCAAACGACCAGAAUUGAAGGAUGAUCGGUAUUGCGAGGAAAAGGAGUAUUGUAACGAGUUGCUCAAUAGAAUAUUCAACCAGCAACAACGGGUUGACCAUGUUGAAGAGUUAGCUGACAGAUAGGAUAUGUUGUGCUGCGUAUUAGCAGGGUAAAUAAUAAGUGAUGUUACAAACUCUGAAUAAAGAUGGCUGUUUACUGUAAGCUUAAUGCUUACUUAGGGUUAAAUCAUAUGUGGUGGCAUUGAAACGCAUUGUCAUAUCUCUGUCCUUGUCUUUUCACUUAGAGGCGUAUUUGCUAGAGCGAGAAAGCAACUUCUACUCUCAAACUCUCGCUAUCUCGCUCUGAAAAAUGGCGGUUUUGAGGGUUAAAAAAGGUUUGAAGGUAUAGGAAAGUGCUAUUCGAUACUGCCAAAUGUGAUUUCACCCAUCUGUACAUACAUACAUACACUUAGAUUAUGAUUUAGUAAUCAUACUCCGUAUAGUUUCACUUUACAUAAUUUAUAUUGUAAAAAGCAUUUUGUUCAUUGCAAUGAGUUCUACUUGAAUAUUGUUAGUUUUGUUGCAUUUUAAUUAGGCAAUAUAAGGCUAGUACAAGCUGCAAUGGAUGUCACCAAUACUGGUUACUACCGGCUUAAAAAAACAUAUUUUUGUUUUUGUAAACUGGUAGUCAAAAAACGUAUCGUAACACUACUAAUAAUAUAGGUAACUGCUUGUCCAGAUGUGUUGGAUAAUUUUGUAUGUGUGUCGUUAUAAACUGUGAUUCUGUAAAGUUAUUGCAUUUUGUAUAGAUGACUGAAUUUCUUU